UUGCUCAUGGCGUAACUGUAGAAUGACAGUUCGUAUGGCAGUAGUUUCUUUUUAUUCUUAUAGCAUUUAUGCACAAUGACAAGUUAUCAAUAGGCUCAUCUUAUGAACUUAAAAGACUUUAAAUCAAUUUCAUUAAUUUUAAAAGAAAAUUAAAUGUCCCGAUUGUUUAUACUAUAUUAAUGGCUUCAACUAGUAAUGAACCAGAUAGUCCGAUUUCUUUAAGUCGGUUUAAUAUCAAAACGACGCCUCCCCGAGUGCAGAAUACAUAUUUUGGAAAAGUACGGGCAUUUAACACUUUUGCCAAGUUGGAAUGGGCUUACUUAACAAUCUCUUUGAUUGCUCUCACAAUUUCUUUUGGUAUCACAAUACAGAGACUGACGGUUGAGGAUGCAGACUCUAGUGAUUUUACAUUUGCUCUUCUCUUACUGCUUACCAUAGGUUUCUGUUACCAUUAUGUUGUGCAUUCCAUUUUUACGGAAAGGUGGGAUGAGCUAAUGGUCUUCGUUGCUUGUAAUAUUAUUGUUCUUAUCUAUUGUGUCACAAAUUUUGUUACUGGUUAUAAGUUACUCCAUGAUCAACCUACUGUAAAAUUGGUUCGAUUGAUUGUUGUUUGUCUUCUUAGCCCCUUUCUGAUUGUAGUUGGAAUUCUUCAAAGUUACAGAUAUUGUUUGUCUAAUAACUUGGUUUUUAACACAGUUGGUGGGAUAAGCAGCUUGCAGAAUGCAUGCAAAAUGUAUUAUAUUUGCAGCAGUCUGCUGAAAUUUGAUUUGCAGCUUCAACUUAGCAUGUUACUUUUAGUAUUAGUCAAAGGUGUUUUAAAUAUGACCCUCCUGCAGAAAGUUAUCCUUGGUUCUGGAGUUCCAGUUACCUUUAUUUUUAUCAUUAUUGGACACCUUGGUCUUCGCUAUGAAAAUAAGGCCUUGAUGGCAGUAUUUUUUUUCCUGGGACUUUUCGAACCAGCAUAUAUUGCAUACAAGUUUUAUUAUGCAGCCAAAUUUGAAAAAGAUGACUUGGCUACUUAUGAUGCCACAUAUGCCUGUGGAUACUUUGCUUUAGUUAUAUGGGUUUUGCUCAUUGUAUCAGCUGUGUACUUUAUGAAGUACCACUUUGGCAAAGGUCUGAAAGAGAAAAUGUAUGGCAAUGGUCAAAGUAGUCAAACUGCCGCUCAAAGUGAAGAUGGUGUUGUAAAUGAAGCUGCUUCUGUUGAAGGAAGAAAUGUAACUCCAUGAGUGCCUGCCAAAAUU